GGAAGAAGCCGCGGCACAAGGCACUUAUAGGGCCGGGAAUGGGGGUGUCGCCGCCGCCCAGUCAGCUCCGUGUCCACCGAUCCUCCGCCGGUGCCGCGCUGUCGUCGCGGCACCCCCGCCCAGCCCUCUGUCCACUCCGUCCCCAGUAUCGGCCGGCGGAGCCCGGAGCCAGGGCUGCGUCCCCGCCAUGCCGGCCCGGUGGCUGUUGCUCCUGCUGGCGCUGCUGCUACCGCCGCCCGACCCCGGGAGUUUUGGAAGUGCCAGCACGGUAACACUGCCCGAAACCCUGUUGUUUGUUUCGACCCUGGAUGGAAGUUUGCAUGCUGUCAGCAAGAGGACAGGCUCCAUCAAGUGGACUUUAAAAGAAGAUCCAGUCCUGCAGGUCCCAACACACGUGGAAGAGCCUGCUUUCCUCCCAGAUCCCAAUGAUGGCAGUCUGUACACACUUGGAGGCAAGAACAACGAAGGCCUGACGAAACUUCCCUUUACCAUCCCAGAAUUGGUUCAGGCAUCUCCAUGCCGAAGUUCAGAUGGAAUCCUCUACAUGGGUAAAAAGCAGGACAUUUGGUAUGUCAUCGACCUCCUGACUGGAGAGAAGCAGCAGACUUUGUCAUCAACCUUUGCAGAUAGUCUCUGCCCAUCAACCUCCCUGCUGUACCUUGGACGGACAGAAUACACCAUCACCAUGUAUGAUACCAAGACCCGAGAGCUGCGUUGGAAUGCCACCUAUUUUGACUAUGCAGCCUCUCUGCCCGAGGAUGACGUGGACUACAAGAUGUCCCACUUUGUGUCCAAUGGUGAUGGACUGGUGGUGACUGUGGACAGUGAAUCUGGGGAUGUCUUGUGGAUCCAAAACUAUGCCUCUCCUGUGGUAGCCUUCUACGUCUGGCAGCGGGAGGGCCUGAGAAAGGUGAUGCACAUCAAUGUCGCUGUGGAGACUCUACGCUACUUGACCUUCAUGUCUGGAGAAGUGGGGCGCAUCACCAAAUGGAAGUAUCCGUUCCCCAAGGAAACAGAGGCCAAGAGCAAGCUGACGCCUACCCUAUAUGUUGGGAAGUACUCCACCAGCCUCUAUGCCUCUCCCUCAAUGGUGCACGAGGGGGUUGCUGUAGUGCCCCGAGGCAGCACUCUUCCUUUGCUGGAAGGUCCCCAGACAGAUGGCGUCACCAUUGGAGACAAAGGAGAGUGUGUGAUCACCCCCAGCACAGACCUCAAAUUUGACCCUGGACUCAAAGGGAAGAGCAAGCUGAACUACUUGAGGAAUUACUGGCUUCUCAUAGGACACCAUGAAACUCCUCUGUCUGCAUCUACCAAGAUGCUGGAGAGAUUCCCCAACAACCUGCCCAAACAUCGGGAAAAUGUGAUUCCUGCUGACUCGGAGAAAAGGAGCUUUGAGGAGGUUAUCAACCUAGUUGGCCAGACUUCAGAAAAUACACCAACCACCGUGUCUCAGGAUGUGGAAGAGAAGCUGAUUCAUGCCCCCGCCAAGCCUGAGGCCCCUGUGGACUCCAUGCUCAAGGACAUGGCUACUAUUAUCCUAAGCACCUUCCUGCUUGUUGGAUGGGUGGCCUUCAUCAUCACUUACCCCCUGAGCAUGCAUCAGCAGCGCCAGCUCCAGCACCAACAGUUCCAGAAGGAACUAGAGAAGAUCCAGCUCCUGCAGCAGCAGCAACUGCCGUUCCACCCACAUGGAGACCUUACUCAGGACCCUGAGUUCCUGGAUUCAUCUGGCCUCUUCUCAGAGAGCUCGGGCACCAGCAGCUCCAGCCCGUCUCCCAGAGCCUCCAACCACUCACUGCACUCCAGCAGCUCUGCCUCCAAGACUGGCCCCAACCCCUCCCUGGAGCAAGAUGAGGAGGAUGAGGAAACCAGAAUGGUGAUUGUUGGGAAGAUUUCAUUCUGCCCCAAGGAUGUCCUGGGCCAUGGAGCUGAGGGCACAAUUGUAUACAAAGGCAUGUUUGACAACCGUGAUGUUGCCGUGAAGAGGAUCCUCCCAGAGUGUUUCAGCUUUGCAGACCGUGAGGUCCAACUGCUUCGAGAAUCAGAUGAACAUCCGAACGUGAUCCGCUACUUUUGCACAGAGAAGGACCGGCAGUUCCAGUACAUUGCCAUUGAAUUAUGUGCAGCCACCCUACAAGAGUAUGUGGAGCAGAAGGACUUUGCCCACCUUGGCCUAGAGCCCAUCACCUUGCUUCAGCAGACCACCUCAGGCCUGGCACACCUACACUCUCUCAACAUAGUUCACAGAGACCUGAAACCCCACAACAUUCUCCUCUCCAUGCCCAAUGCACAUGGCAGAAUCAAGGCCAUGAUCUCUGACUUUGGCCUCUGCAAGAAGCUGGCAGUGGGCAGGCACAGUUUCAGCCGCCGUUCAGGGGUACCUGGCACUGAAGGCUGGAUCGCCCCAGAGAUGUUGAGUGAGGACUGCAAGGAGAAUCCUACCUACACAGUGGACAUCUUCUCCGCAGGCUGUGUUUUUUACUAUGUCAUCUCUGAGGGCAACCAUCCCUUUGGCAAGUCCUUGCAGCGGCAAGCCAACAUCCUCCUGGGCGCCUGCAGCCUUGACUGCUUCCACUCAGACAAGCAUGAGGAUGUCAUUGCUCGUGAAUUGAUAGAGAAAAUGAUUGCGAUGGAUCCCCAGCAGCGGCCCUCUGCAAAGCAUGUGCUCAAACACCCAUUCUUCUGGAGCCUGGAGAAGCAGCUCCAGUUCUUUCAGGAUGUGAGUGACCGAAUAGAGAAGGAGUCCUUGGAUGGCCCCAUAGUGAGGCAGCUGGAGAGAGGCGGGAGAGCGGUGGUGAAGACCGACUGGCGGGAGAACAUCACUGUCCCCCUGCAGACAGAUCUGCGAAAAUUCAGAACCUACAAAGGUGGCUCUGUCAGAGAUCUCCUCCGAGCCAUGAGAAAUAAGAAACAUCACUACCGAGAGCUGCCCAUGGAGGUUCAGGAGACACUGGGCUCCAUCCCUGAUGACUUUGUGCGCUAUUUCACAUCGCGCUUCCCCUACCUCCUCUCACAUACCUACCGAGCCAUGGAGCUGUGCAGACAUGAGAGACUCUUCCAGACCUACUACUUGCAUGAGCCCACAGAACCCCAGCCUCCAGUGACUCCAGAUGCCCUCUGAGCGAGGGCAGCCCUUCUAGUCUGGUGGCCCCAACAGUGACCAUGGGCCUGAUUUCUGCAGUCCAUAGCUUGCUGCGUCUGGGAUUAGCAGGAAGACUAAGGUCUCAAACCAAGUGCCUUGAGCUGCUGCCCUGCAGCCAGAAGAGGAUAAUGCCGAUCCUAGGAAUCGGGAGAGGUGGCCCUCAUGUAUCAAUCUUUCACUGGAUGAGCUCCAUUCCCUUUCACUGGAUGAACUCUCUUCCACUUACUUUUCUUUCUACAAUUCCUAUGGGAUGGCAGUUUAGAGACCUUUCAGUGAGGAAGUUUUGCCUACAUGCUACGAGCAGCUUGGCUGGGGUGCAGCAAGUGUACCCUCUGCUAAAAUUGGUUUGAGAGACUCAGGGUGCUAAGGAAGAGGACGUUCAGAGGUGUAGGUCCUGGAGAUAGGAGGUAUCUCCAAGUUACUGGUAGCCUGUGUUGCCCCGUGCAGCAAGUUGUAAGUGUGGGGCAUGGAGUUAGAGACUGGUUAGCAAUGCCUGUGGACAGCUGAGGUAUGUCUGGGCAUAGAAGGUGAAGAGGAUGAGGACAUUCAGUUCUGGAUGCACUGCUUGCUCAGCAAGUGGCCUAAAUAGUGGCCCCUGACAGAUUGAAUCCUGGCCGUGUGAGCCAGAGAUGAAGAGUUCCCUGGUGACCAAGAAGGCAGCUAAGACCAGACAGGGACAGAGACACAUCUUCAGGGCCAGAGGGGAGCAACUAGAGGGAACCUCUGAGUCACUUGGAGAGGCUCAGAACCAGAAGGUGAGUGUCAGGGCCCUCUGCCCCAGAGACUACCACAUUAGCACACAGCUUGUGAGCCAAAGCCCUGGGGAUAGAGAGCCAAGGCCAGGGCCACCACAGGCUUUUUAGGCCAGCUUUUAUAUUUCUGGCAAAUUUUAAUGAGUGUAUUUUGAUCAUGUUGCAUAAAGCUGCAUUUGCAUAAGUAAGUUAAAUGUGGCUUGACGCUUGUGAAGAAGAAAUGCAAGGUAUAAUAUCUUCAGUUUUGUGUAGUACCAAAAAUCACCAUUCCCUCAAGAAUGUAGAACAUUCUCUAAGGCUGAAGAGUAAGACAUUCUCGAAACACUAUGUAAAUGUAUUAAUGUCAAAGUAAUUAUUUUUCUCUAAAAUUAAUUUUUAACUUUAGUUCCAAUCAGAAUUUACUGUCUUCUCCCUCCCAAGAGCCUUAGGAGUUAGCAUGCAGUCAGGGUCCUUGGAAGGAAGAGUCUGUGUAGACUCCCUGGAGCCAAUGUGGUCCUGUUGUGUAGUCCUGGUGAGCUAAGGCUCCAUUCUGUUCUGUGCUAAGAGUAGCCUUGGCAGCUUUCUGCACUACACUGACUGGAGUUCUUGCUGCUGCAUCCCUGAGAGGUCUUCUGAUGUACUGGUACCAGGGCCACUUACCCAAAGCUUCUUCUACUGUAGAAUUUGAUUAACUUUUUCUUAAUCUCCUACAUCUUUGAACCUCAAUGGGUAAUGCUGUUUAGACCUUGGGACCUCAGCCCCAUGGUUGGCUUCCUGUUUAUCUCUUGGCAUAGCACUUUGCCAGGGUCCCAAGAGGGAACUCCAGUGGCAGGCGAUGGAAGCAGUAUGGUCUAACAGGGUUGCCUCAGGGAUGCUGUUUCCCUUUUUCCUCAAGGCUAAGUUUCCCUCUGGGAAGUGCUGAAGUCUUUUCUAAAGGCCCAGCUGGUGUUACUCCCCAGUCUGCUUGGGGUCAGCUUUUUAAAUGUCCUUGCCACUUAGCAGAUCAGUUUCUAACCAAUGAAAAUUUCAAAAGUCCUCUAUUCAUCAUACUUAUCUGAAACUUUAUGUAGAGCUAGGUGGACAUGAGACACUUGGGAGACAGAUGAAGAGUACAGAAAGACUUGUGCCUUUUAAAGCCUCCUGAGAGUCAUUAGCACACAAGUGUCAGGGCAGGAAGAAAACUCAAGUGGGUAGGAAGGGGUUUGCCCCGCUUGUGCCUUAUAACUGUCACAUCUCUGAGUCAGUCAGCUGUGGGCAGCUCACCUCUGUCUGUCUUCUAGGAACCAGGCAGUUGUUAGCUCUCCAGGUGUGUCCUGAAAAUGCUGUGGGCAUCUGGGGUGCACAGCAAGAGACGCUGCCUGCCUUCAGGCCAGGGCAGCUCUAUAGGCUGUUUGGAUCCCUGGAAGACUGCCCGGUUGUCUACAGGUCAUCUUCAGCUUUAGGACGGAGUUGAGCUGUGUCUGGGAUGUGUUAUCUUUGUUUAAACUUGUCUAUGUUGAACUUCAAGUUCAGGAAGUGUGCCGUGUCAUUAGGCACCAAAGCACUUGCACUUUUGGGAACAUAGCUGUCACUUGGCAAAUCACUAGGCCAUCUAGAGACUGAAGGUGAACCCCUGCAGAGGUGUCCCCCUGCUCUCAGUAUGGCAGUGGCUGUCGACUCUUCCCAUGAUGCAUUGCAGAGAAGGUGGAGGUCUGAGGUCCGCAGAUACAGCCAAGUGCUUUCCAUCAACUUUGAAGAUAGGCAUGAGCCUCUCCUCAGAGUCCACUUGAUUUUAUGGAAGUUUUGUGUACACGUGAUUCAGUUAGCACCUGCAGCUUCUUUCUCCCAAAUGAAAGGCUCAUCAAGUAGCUGCUGCCGUGACCUCCUGCAGAGCCACCUCUGGCUGCAGGCUCUCCUGUGCUGACCACUGGUCUUCUGCAAGGCUUUGGUCCCACUCUCCAGCUGUGCCAGGAUUCUCUUCUCUAUGCCUGAGUCUGCUCUCUGGUCACUGUCUUCAUCAUCACAGUCCAGAGGUGAGGAAGAGCUGGAAGAGUGAGCAACAGCUGCCCUGGAAAGAGCCUUUUGAAAUUCCCUGUUUGCCCUUCUCUGUGAUGGGCUUUCCAACAGUUCCAUCCUUGCCUAUCACUCACAUCUAGAAGCUGUGGUGUUGGCCACCAGGGCCUGCCAUCAGCUUCUCCUGAAGGUUAGCAGACCUCCAGCUGAGGCCUGAAUUCUUUAAAGCCAAAGCGCCUGCUCUCUUCCGCAGUCUUGGUUUUCAUUAUGAACUAGUGAUUUUUCCAGGUGUGAUCCUGGUUGCUUUGGGCACUUAGGCCUCUUCUGUACUCCUAGACAGCCACAGAGGCACAUCUGCUGAGCCUCCCUCUGGAGCAGCCUCAACCAUACUGCUUGCCAGAAUCCUGUUCUCCAUGUGUUUGGUGGGUAUAGUAUUCCUUCCCAGUUGUCCCUAAAACUGUGACAGUCCCCACUCAUUAAGCAUUACCAGCCAGCUCUGCGGCGUCCCCACACAAGGACCUUGUGUGGUUCUUUUUGCGAUGACCUAUUUAUUGAAUCUAUUUAUAUUUAUUUAAUUUUUACUCUGAAGUAUACUGGUUACAAUUGCACUUGAUUAAAGCAGUCAGAUCUGUUUGGGACAAUACCCCUGACCAUUUUAAACUGGAAAAGGAAAAGUUACACUGUAUCCUGCCACCUUAUGGUAUCCUUGUCUUUAAAGGGUGAAUAAUUUGGUCUGGGUAAAAUGUUAAUUUUUAGAUGAUUUUUUUAAAAAUCUUGUGCCAUGUGUCUUUGUGGACAGUUAUUUGUUUAAUUGAUAUGUGCUGAUUGUGUGAUUCACUCCCCUUCAUGGAAACUAAAAUAUUCUUUUAGCUUUAUAUUUUAUAAACUGCCAGAUUGUACAACUUUUAUGUGUAUUUUUAAAGCUCAUGAUAUGAGGGCCAUUAUAUGAGUUUAAAUGGCCUAUUUUUGUACCUCCUGUACAGUUUUAUAAUUCUGCUCAUUGAUGAAGGUGACUUAGCUGAGCCAACCACAAAUAAAGGUAGUUUUAGA